GCGCUGAGAAAAAAGGUCGAAUGGAAAUGAGGGAUGGGCUUUACCCCCCCCCCCUCCAAAAAAAACUGCUUGUCUCGAGUGGAGCCGGGAUUGUCUCAAGGAUCAGAAAGUCUUUUUUUUCCCGUCGUGAGGAAACUCACUGAACAGCCACGGGGACGCUAAACAACUGGAAUUAGUCGUUAUUUUGCCUUAAGGCGCGGGAGGACAGCUUUCAGCGGCACGGACUGACCCCCUCCCCGGGACGCGGCUCACUGCUGGGGGGCGGAGGAGAGUUCGAUGCGGCUCACCGCAGGUCCGGGAACUAUGAGCAGCGGCUCCGCCAACUUCUUGCUGGUCCCCAUCCCGGAGUUCCCGCUGCCGGACAGCGCGCCCGCCCGGACUGUGAAGAUCGCGGUUCUGGGAGCCAGCAACGUUGGCAAAACCGCUCUGAUCGUCAGGUUUCUGACCAAGAGGUUCAUUGGGGAUUACGAAGCAAACACAGGCGCGCUUUACUCCAGGAAGGUGACUCUGGAUGUGGAGGAGGUGUCCCUGCAGGUUCAGGACACCCCUUGCGUGGCUCUCCAGGAUAAUCCUGAAGGCCUGUACUGCCAGGAGCAGAUCAACAGGUCAAUCUACUGGGCAGAUGGAUAUGUGUUGGUUUUUUCCAUUACAGACCAUAGCAGCUACAGAACCAUCCAACCUUUGUACCAGCAUGUCAGGCGCAUUCACCCCUCUGGAAACAUACCUGUCAUUCUGGUUGGCAACAAGAGCGACUUACUGCGAGCAAGGCAGGUGUCAGCAGACGAAGGCGAGACGUUAGCAGCAUCACUGGGAGGAGUUUACUUCGAGGUGUCUGCCAGAGAAAACCACGAGGGAGUCCAUGCCGCCUUCCUGCAUCUCUGUCAGGAGGUGGUCCGAGCACUAGGAGGGGGGAAUGGAGAGAAAAGGAGGGGAGGCCUCCACCUGGCCAGACCCAAAUCUCCCAACAUGCAGGAACUGAAGAGGAGGUUCAGGCAGGUCCUGUCAUCCAAAGUCAAGUCAGCCACAACCAUCUGAUCGCAGGGUGAAGUGGGGAGGACUAUGGCAUCCCGCCGCCGAGAUAGAAGUUUCAAGGAGAAGAAACUUGAAGGUCUCAUGACCAGCUCCUCAAAGCUCCUCUGGGAGCACAUGGAAUUUGGGGACAGUAAUGCUCCCCAGGAUGGACAGGUCACAGGGUUAAUCAUGAUCUGUUGUGAAGACAGAAGGUUCUUCAGAAGGUUCAGUGUUUCAGUGAUAAGAUCAAAGUUUCCAAACAAGAACAACGUCUCCGCGAUCAUCGUGUUCACAUAUUAGAACACCGAGUCAGACUCACCCCACUCAACAUGGUCAGAUCCAGCUUCCUGUGGUUUCUGGCCCAAACAAGAAGUGACCUCAGAGAGGGACGUCACCUCAGCAGUCAUCAACAAGCAAAUAUCAACGUUCAAAGUGAAUAAAAACCAGACAAGCCUCUGAAGCUGAUUUUUAGACCAACAUGUGAAAAGCAGAAAAGUGGUGAAAUAUGUAGAAAUUCUUUUUUCAGACUACAUGUCAGUUCCAGAACAAUUGUAGUUUGGGCAAUCAGAGUUCAUGUUUCUGAAACCCAAAGUGUUGGUGUGACUUUGAAGGCAAAGCAGCAGUUUUACCUCCAGGUCAGUGAAUGCAACACAGAUGAGCUUCAGACAAGCAGAAGCUGAAGUGGAACUGUAGCGACAGAUUGUGGAUGUGUGUGUACGUGCGCUUGUGGUUUAGUGUGUGUACAUGGACAUGUGUGUAUGCUCUGUGGUUCUCAUGACCUUUCCGCUCUCUUAAAAUUUCCCAGAGUUCCCUGUUCAGACAAAGUCUUCACCAUCUGGAAUUUUUUUGUGACAGGAAAGGUUCACAGUUUAAGGCAAGGCCUUUAAGGUCAUUCAAAGAGUUUUACAGAAAAAAAGAUCGAAUAAAGCAUAUCUACCAAAAUGA